CCCCCGCGCGCUGAUUGCUGUGGCGUCUUGCCCGUCCCCGCCCGCGCGUGUGUGUGAGGCAGAGCGAGUGCGCUGGGUCGGCCCGAUGGGGGUAAUCGAGGGUUUCGGGGACGCAGAGCGGCGCUUUCCUCUCCUCAGUGAGUGAGGGAGGGACGUCGGCGGCUCUCGUGCCCGGUCGCUUUCCCUGGGCGAUUCCCGGAGCGCCCUGCAGGAGGUGAAAGUCCCGGCGGGUCCGGAUGGCGUAGUUGUGCCGCGGCGCAGCAGCUGCCGAAGCUCGCGGCCGCCGAGCGCUGGGCGGGGAAACUUUCCUCUGCUCUCUUCCAACUUGCGGCGGGUGGAUCUCCGCCUGACACGCCGCCUCCGAGGCAAUUUGAAAAUUGGAGAGGAGGAUUUUUAAGGCCACUUCCGAUUUGCCAAGUCUGUCUCCAGUCUGAAGCCGAGGUGACUGAAUGGGGCACGCUUGUGGAGAGAUAAAAAUGCCUUCUCAUUAUGUGAUGGUUGUGUUUGCCCUGAUGAGUUGUUGUGUGGCCGCUACAGGUCCAGAGCCCAGUGCCCAGUGUGAGUUGUCGCCUGUCAAUGCCUCGCAUCCGGUCCAGGCCUUCAUGGAGAGCUUCACCGUCUUGUCAGGGUGUGCGAGCAGAGGUACAACAGGGCUGCCCCAGGAAGUGCACGUCCUGAACCUCCGUGCUGCUGACCCGGGGCUCGGCCAGCCCCAGAGAGAGGUCACUCUGCACCUAAAUCCCAUCUCCUCAGUCCACAUUCACCACAAGCCUGUCGUGUUCCUGCUCAACUCCCCACAGCCCCUGGUCUGGCAUCUGAAGACAGAGAGGCUUGCAGUUGGGGUCUCCAGACUUUUCUUGGUGUCUCAGGGUUCCACAGUCCAGUUUUCACCAGGAAACUUCUCCUUGUCAGCAGAAACAGAAGAAAGGAGCUUCCCCCAUGGAAACGAACAUCUGUUAAAUUGGGCUCGAAAGGAGUACGGAGCAGUUACUUCAUUCACUGAACUCAAGAUAGCAAGAAACAUUUAUAUUAAAGUGGGAGAAGAUCAAGUGUUCCCUCCCACAUGCAACAUAGGAAAGAACUUUCUCUCACUCAAUUACCUUGCUGAGUACCUUCAGCCCAAAGCAGCAGAGGGUUGUGUGAUAUCCAGCCAGCCCCAGGAUAAGGAAGUACACAUCAUUGAGUUAAUUACCCCCAACUCUAACCCCUACAGUGCUUUCCAGGUGGAUAUAAUAAUUGACAUAAGACCUUCUCGAAAGGACCUGGAGGUGGUCAGAAAUCUCAUCCUGAUCUUGAAGUGCAAAAAGUCUGUCAACUGGGUGAUCAAGUCUUUCGAUAUUAAGGGAAACCUGAAAGUUAUUGCUCCUAACAGUAUUGGCUUUGGGAAAGAGAGUGAAAGAUCCAUGAUAAUGACCAAAUCCAUAAGAGAUGACAUUCCUUCAACCCAAGAGAAUCUGGUCAAGUGGGCUUUGGAUAACGACUAUAAUCCAGUAACAUCAUAUACAGUGGCUCCUGUGGCUAAUAGAUUCCAUCUUCGGCUUGAAAACAAUGAGGAAAUGAGAGAUGAAGAGGUACAUACCAUCCCUCCUGAGCUACGGAUCCUGCUGGACCCCGGCACCCUGCCUGCCCUGGAGAACCCGCCCAUCCGAGGAGGGGGAGGCCGCAGUGGAGGUUUCCCCUUUCCUUUCCCUGAUCUCUCCAGGAGAGGCCAGAGGGAAGGGGGAGAAGAUGGGAUCCCCCGGCCAAAGGACCCUCUCCUCCCCAGCCUACAACUGUUUCCUGAUCCCAAAGAGCCCGAGGAGGUGCAGGGGAACGUGGAGGUUGCCCUGUCAGUCAAAUGUGACAAAGAGAAGAUGAUCGUAGCUAUAGAAAAAGAUUCUUUUCAGGCCAACAGCUACUCAGGGAUGGAGCUCACCCUGCUGGAUCCUACCUGCAAGGCCACGAUGAAUGGCACCCACUUCAUUCUGGAGUCUCCGCUGAACGGCUGUGGUACUCGGCACCGGCGAUCAGCCCCAGAUGGUGUGGUUUACUAUAACUCCAUUGUGAUACAGGUUCCAUCGCCUGGAGAUAGUAGCGGCUGGCCAGAUGGUUACGAAGAUUUGGAGUCAGGGGAUAAUGGAUUUCCGGGAGAUAUGGAUGAAGGAGAUACCUCCUUCAGCCGACCUGAAGUUGUCGUGUUUAAUUGCAGCGUGCGGCAGGUGGGGAAUCCCAGUAGCUUCCAGGACCCACCGAACAGAAACAUCACUUUCAACAUGGAGCUGUACAACACUGACCUCUUUCUCGUGCCCUCUCAGGGGGUCUUCUCUGUGGCAGAGAAUGGACACAUUUAUGUUGAGGUGUCUGUCACUAAGGCUGACCAAGAAUUGGGAUUUGCCAUCCAGACAUGCUUUAUCUCUCCAUAUUCAAACCCUGAUAGGAUGUCCGAUUACACCAUCAUUGAAAACAUUUGUCCAAAAGAUGAAUCUGUGAAAUUCUACAAUCCCAAGAGGGUGCACUUUCCAGUCCCGCAAGCUGAGGUGGACAAGAAGCGGUUCAGCUUUGUUUUUAAGUCCAUUUUCAACACCUCCCUGCUCUUUCUACAAUGUGAGCUCACGUUGUGCACCAAGAAGGAAAAGGACCCCCAGAAGUUACCUAAGUGUGUGCCCCCAGACGAAGCCUGCACCUCACUGGACGCCUCAAUGAUCUGGGCCAUGAUGCAGAAUAAGAAGACAUUCACCAAGCCCCUCGCUGUGAUCCACCAGCAAGUAGAGGCUAAAGAAACAGGUCCAAGCAUUAAGGAACCGAGUCCAGUUUCUCCACCAGUUUUCCAUGGUUUGGACACCCUCACCGUGAUGGGCAUUGCGUUUGCGGCGUUUGUGAUCGGAGCGCUCCUGACGGGGGCCUUGUGGUACAUUUAUUCUCACACAGGAGAGACCGCAGGAAGGCAGCAAGUCCCCACCUCCCCGCCGGCCUCGGAGAACAGCAGCGCAGCCCACAGCAUCGGCAGCACGCAGAGCACCCCCUGCUCCAGCAGCAGCGCCGCCUAGCCGGGGCCCUCACUGUGCAUGCGGGCCUGGAAGACCUCGCGGCCGUGCCCUUGUAAAGAGAAAAUUUCCAGCCAAAGACCACCUGUUGUAUUCAUCCCCACCCCCCUCCCCCAGGGCAAAUACACAUGUGACCCCGGGACUUCCGUAAGACACUAGAACUCACAUGAGAAAGCCGAGGUGGUGGCCUUCUCCACCAGCCCCGCGCAGGCCUGGGGGUUUUCAAUGUGAAACACAUGCCAGUUUUCAAAAAUGCUGCUUUGUCCAGGUAAGACUCUCCGCAAACUGGGGCCCUGAGAUUGACCCUGGUGCAAGGAGUCAGUAAGAGGAUAAUAAGCAGACGGUAGGACCCGUGAGGAGAUAUGGCCAAAGGUUCUUGUGUAACUGAACCAAGAUGUAGGACAAAAGGAGUUCUUCAGGAUUUUCUAAGUGUGUUCCUCCACGUCUAAUUUGCACCUUCUGGAUGCACACUUCUCACUUUGCUGUCACACCCUCUGGGGGCUGAUGUCGUCGGCUUGACGGGUACUGCCCUCAGGGACUGCAUCGGGACACAUAGCACAGCAACAUUCCUUCCUGGUGCCCUGGGCCAAAACGGACGCUGAUAACCUCAUCAGCUUCCCCCUUCUCCCACACUAACACACCGAUUGCGAAAAUGUCUUAAUGCAAAUUUGGGAUUUCUUUAUAAGCAUCUAGAAAUUGGAAAUGGCCAAAAUUCUGGGACUGCAGAUUUGGGCCCAUUGAUGACCUUGUGUUCUAAAAAAAUAACCUAUAGGUGGGGGCAACUUUAGUUUUAAAGUAGAAGAGGAAUUCGCACAGUAAUGUAUAUUCAAGUACAGGUAUAGACUGGUUAAAAAGAAAUUCAUUCCCCUUUUUAAAUUUCCUAUGCCUCCAAGUUGGAACUUACUCUUAAAUUAUUUGGGAGAAUUAGUGUUUCCUCUCAAAACAUGUCGGCCUUUUUAAUAGACCCUUUUGUAAAAUGCGAAGCUCUUGUUCGUGCACAGCAGAUCCUGUUGGAUUCCGGUUGGUUAUCUGAACACGGUCACCAGUUCUGCCAAGAGAGUGCUGAGAUCUGGAAAAGGGCACUCAUUUGGACUGCUUUAGUUCUCUUGCCUUAAAUAUAUUCCAAACUCAAAAAGGAUUUGAGGUGGAUUUCAUUAAAAUGGAAUAAUAUGAUGCCACUUUGCAGCUAAAAUAAGCUCAACUGAUACCUCUGUGUUAAAAAAAAAAAAAAAAAUUCCAGAGGGAAACUUCAUGCCAAUUGAUUUACUACUGAGGAUAGCUUCAUUGCAAGUAAAUACUAACGUUUUUCCAGAAUUCUCCCCAAAAUCACUCUGAAAACUACAAACAGGAAAGGCUAGAUGCUACCCCAAAAUACUCGAAAACAAAUCUCACCACCCUUAAAAUAAGGAAGUUGUGCCUCUUUCUCUGAAUGGAACGCUAAGUAGGAAAUGUUGAUAUCACCCAGUAUCUGAAGGCGGUAUCUAUAAGGCACAUAAGUAGGUGGAGAUACUGAGAGUCGUUGAUAUGAUAUGAUAGAUCUGAAUAGUCACUGAUAAGACAGACUUGUCACUCAGUCAUAGAGUAAUACUCUGAGCAGUGUAGAUACUCAAUCUGGAUAAUAUGAACCAAAACAGAUUACUUGAGGGCAACGAUUUCAAGGCUGUUUAUGUUAACUUCUUGGAAAUUUUGCAGAUUUCCGCAUACAAAUGAAGAUAUGAGAUUAGAGAAUUUAUUUCCUUCAGUUAACUUUUUAACACAAGGGUAUCAGAAUGGAGGACUUAGAUGAUGCUACCUGUGUUUGAAAAUAAUGCGCUUUGCCUAACCUUCAGCAGAAUGUAUUGUUUUAGCAUAUUCUAUGUAUAAAAAAGUUUAAAGAUGUCUUCAAAGAAGACUAGAGUCUUUAAGUCACUUAUAGCUAUAUUUUACUACAAAAAUUUGUGUAUAAAGAUAUAUUUAAGUGUUUUCGAUAAAUUUAAAUUACUCCAUAUGAAAUGUUUAAUUUCAGUUACUGUGAAUUCUUUUGAUUAGUCCUUUGCUGUUUAAAAAACUCUUUCCAUCCUACAAAAAAGAAAAUUAGCCAUUAAGAGAUAUUAAAAGAUCCAAAUCUUCAGAUGGACAGGGUUAAAACCUUUUGUGAUUAUAUUUAAAUGUAUAUUUUUAAGAGAGAUGCUACAUUGCCAAUGAUUUUAUAAAUAAUUUAAAAUUAAUUUACAAAUUUAUAGAUGCAAACCAAAAGAUUUUAAAAGAAAGAGAAGAAAAAAAACACCUUUUAUUUGUUUAGGUCUUACUGUCAGAAGUAUUAUGUAGAUCCCGAAAUCCGUGUUGAUAAACCUGAUCCCAUAUUAAUUGGCGAGUGAAGUCAUUAAGUAUCUCAGAAAUGUCUCUAAAAAAGUGUUUCUAAAGAAAGUGUUAUCUUCCUAGCUUAUUACAACAUUUUCAAUCGCUUCAUACUUCACAGUCUCAAUACAAAAUACAAGCUAUACUUUAUAACAAGUUCUGCAAGUUUCUUUAAAACUGUUGUUAUAUUCCAGUUAAAUGCUUCUGUCUACAAAGUAUUCUGUUACUUCUGCAGGCUACACCCUAAUUCACAGAGACCAUUUGGCUUUGUUUGUUGUUCAAGCUAAAGCUAUUAUUGAAAUGCUCUAAAGGAAGGCGGAGGGCCUGUGUAAUGCCCUCUCGCUUUUCACCAUGUGUUUACCAGCAGUUACUCUGUAUUUUAAGAGUUAGAGACAUCUUCACUCUGAGCUGUUUCUAUAGCAUUUUCUACACAAACGAAGAUGGUCUUUUCCUUGUCUGUAAUAAGAUUGUAAACCCAUUUUCUGUGUGUGUUCUGUAGUGGGCAUGAUUGUGGGUGUGGGGGGAGGGGCGCGCACACGCGUGCCAGCCUUUUCGUACUGUAACUACCUCAUGGUGUGAGUGACGCUUCUACUGCCGGGUGUGUUAACAGAGCACAUUUUGUUGGGUGAUGAGUGUGUGUGUGACCUUUUUCCUGUUUGUUUUAUCUGGGGGUUGUUCAUGAAACUGACAGAUGUUUUUCUAAAAAGGACUAUUAUCAGUUUCCAAAUACAAUACUUCUCUCUUCUGGUUUUUCCUGAGUGAGCCUGAUUUUGUUGCUGUUUUUUCAUCUAUUGGGGUAAAAAGAGUACCCUUAAAAUCCCUGUGGCCAGUUUGAACACCCCCGUUAUAUUCUUUUCUCUGUUCAAUGUGUUGGCAAUUUUAUGAAUAUGCUUAGAUGUAUAGUUUUGAUAACCACAGUUUUAAGUCCUUUAUCUGUGCAUAAUAAAAAAGAUAUAUACCAAUUUA